AUGAGUCAGAUGAUGCGCACAUCGUCAUACGUACAAAAGGUCAUUCGAACUGGCGAUAAGUCGAAAAAGCCACUGGUACUGUUUGAUGAUGGGUUAACCAAUAGAGCGCAAGUUCGCUUUAAAGGUUUGCAAGCCGGUGUUUCAAACAAAAUAUACAAGCAUUUGAAAACUAAAGAGGAACAAGGGCUAGUGUUAGUAAUAGAUAUUGAUGAAUUCCGUACAUCAAAGAUCUGUAAUUCGUGUAGAUCGUCGGAUGUAAGAAAGUAUCGUGCUCGUACAACAAGUAAAGAAAUUGUCACGUUCCGACUCUAA